AUGAGAGAUGACAAGCCCACGCUAUCUCUGGUGGUGAUUGGCCAUGUGGAUGCUGGGAUUAGCGAAAAGCAAAUUGAAAAGUACGCAAAGGAAGCAGCCGAACUUGGGAAGGGAUCUUUCAAAUAUGCCUGGGUAUUGGACAAUCUCAAGACAGAGCGAGAAAAAGGGGUCACCAUUGACAUAUCCCAGUGGAAAGUGCAGACAAGCACCUACAUUUUUUCCAUUAUUGAUUGCCCAGGUCACCGGGAAGGCUAUCAAGCUGGAUUUCAUCAAGACAGACAGACUCGAGAACAUGCCCUCUUGGCAUACACACUGGGUGUCAAGCAACUGAUUGUGGCUUGCAACAAAAUGGACGACAAGACAGUCAAUUACGGGGAAGAAAGAUUUCAAAAGAUCAAGGACGAAAUCUGCGCCUAUUUGUUGAAAAAGGUAGGAUACAAACCCAUGGUAAUCCUAUUCAUACCCAUUUCAGGAUGGGAAGGCGAUAACAUGGUCGAAAAAUGCAACAAUGUGCCAUGGUCCCACGGUCCGACUCUGUUGGAAGCACUCAACAAUCUCACAUCACCAAAACGAUCCACUGAAAAACCACUUCGUAUACCCAUACAAGACGUUUACAAGAUUGGUGGCAUUGGAACCGUCCCUGUUGGAAGGGUGGAAGCGGGAGUGGUACGGCCAGGCAUCAUAGCCAAAUUUGCACCCUUGUCUGUGCGAGACCUGCAACGGGGAUAUGUUGCUUCGGAUGCCAAUAUUCAACCUGCCAGUGCUGUCAAGUCGUUUGAGGCACAAGUGAUUGUCAUGAAUCACCCCGGCAAAAUCUACAAUGGCUACUGCCCUGUGGUGGACUGCCAUACAGCACACAUUGCAUGCAAAUUCAUUCACAUUAAGGAAAAGAAUCACAGAAGAUCUGGCAAAGUUUCGGAAGCAGAUCCUGAGUACAUAGAAACGGGUGAUGCUGCCUUGGUGGUAAUGGAACCCACUCGACCAAUGUGUGUGGAAGCCUUCAGUGAUUUCCCUUCUUUGGGACGGUUUGCCAUUCGAGAUAUGCGAUGA